AUGCAGGAUGCUAUUGUAGAAAAGUUCAAACUAGAAGCCCCUGAAAAGGAAGCAAUUUUAGCAUUAUACCCAUAUUUAGAAAUUUGCGAAAUAAAAAAGUAUUACAAUGUGAACUAUUUUUUUAAUAAAGAACUGAAUAAAAUAGUUAUAACUGGAAAUAAAACAAAGAAGAGCCCACCUUCAAUGUUUGUACCUGUAGCUGUGUAUGAAAGAUUAAAUUUCGUGAAACUACAAUCUUUUAUAGGUACUUGGACAGGGUUAGUGUAUAUAGCAAUUGUACAUCCAGACUCGACUUGUGUGUAUUACCAAAUAGCUAAUGGGUUAGUGGAGCCAAAGCCGGGCGAUCCAUCUUCAAAACGGCGAAUAGAAAGAAUAAAACGAAAAGUCAAUAGAGAGUUGAAAACAUAUUGUUCGCUUAGUGAAGAAAAAGUGCAAGAUCCUGAUUUCUUUAAAAUAGAAAUAAGUGAUGGUGACUCAGAUAGCAGCGACUAG